AUGCUCUCCCCCCAGAAUCUGCUGACAGAAGCAGGUAUGUGUAGGGAGCUCUGCUGAUAUCCCCCCUCAACAUCGGUGGGAGGGGGUGAAAGGGGUGGGCCAGUGAAGUUAAUGUGUCUGCCCCUUAAUGCGUCUUAAUGAGUAUUAAUGGCAGGUCAAUCAGACGAGAAUGGACACCACGCUGCCUGUCAAUCCCACAGACGUGGCCCGACGAUGGCAGGACAUGCAGGGAGCACUGUUUCAGUGUACACACUGCAUGGACCUAGAGUGUUGAGUGCAGUAUAAGCACUGUUAUGCUUGUGCUACACUUUACGCUCGUGCUACACUUUUUGGGAACAGUUCCCUGGUGUCUCCAAAAUCAGGAAACCAUGGAAAAAAGUAGAUGGAACGGUGGGAUACGACCUGAAAACUGAUCUGUCAGCUGAUAUCGAAAUAGCUAGAAAGCAUGAAUUGAUUUCCCUGACGGCAAAGAGAGGCACCCCACACAUACAGAGCUGGAGUUCCAGGGCUUGAUAGGGACCCUGUCCUAGCCUGGGCCAUAGACGACCGCCUUUGCGACCUUAUGGAUAAUCUGGCUCUGGUUUCAAGAAGGGCAUGGUGCAGUCCAGGACUAAUAGUCAAGCACAGAGGGUCGUUCACUGAAGUGUCAAUUGUUGAGAUUUCAGAGUGAAUUUUAAAUUUUAGUCCAAAGUAGCCGAAGUGGAAACAUUCUCCAAUCCAUCCAUGAUUUUAGUUCAGUUAUUUUGGCCAGAAAUUUUACGUUUACUUGGAAUUCCAGAAAAUAAAUCACAAAUUAGCGAAUAAUUCCAUUAGGGUUAUUCACUAAAAUGAGAAUUGUCAAUAAUUCAAACAUAAUUUCAAAAUAACAAAACUGGAAAAAUUCUCUACGUUCUGCUUCAGCUACUUUGAAGUUACACUUGAAUUGUAUUUUAAAUGUACUUUAAAUGUCUGACAGUUUUCCCAUUAGUGAAUAAACCCUUAAAGCGAAUUUUAAAAUUUUUGUCCAAAACAGCAAAUUUAGAAAAAUAAAAUCCCCACCAGUUCUGGAAUGAUGGCUGCUCAUUAAUUAAUAGGGGAGCACAUACCUACAACACCUGCAUCUCAUCUUUACCUAUAAUAGAAAGGAGAGCUUGCUAAGCCAGCUAAGUUAAGGAUCAGUGUAAUGGCUGUAGCAGGGGAAUGGUUUGGGAGGAGUCUGAUAGUCUUGUACUGGUGGCUUUUAAAUGGGUAUGAUGUAACUCCAACAAGUAGUUUUUAUUAUGAAGAAUCAUCCCUGAUCUGUGGGGAGGCGAGCUUAGAGUACACCAUUCCACCAAUCCAUAGUCAUAAUGUUUCCAUUCAGCUUUUAGUAAAAGGUAAGAAAAUACUCUAAUAUUUAAAAAUCACUGACCUCUAUUGAUAAAGCACCAACAACCGACACAGCACUCUAAAGUACUGCUUAGUGUACCUUUUAAAUAUCAUAGGCUGCUGUAGGAAGCUUAUGUUAAAGGGGAAGCACCAGACCCCUGAAGUACUUUAGUUUACUGAAAAGCUUUGUGUUUAGAGUCUGCACACUUUUUUUUUUUUUUCCAUUUUGCUAAUUUUUUUUUAAUAAAAAUUGACACUUGUAUAAACUAACCAGGUUACACCCCCUUGGCUUUCAAAGUAACAACCUGUCCUGUUACUUCCUGGUUUGUAUGGUUCAGUGGAACUAAAUUCAAGAGGCAGCAAUUGCUCAGAGCACCUGCCUUGCAAUGACUUCUCAUUGAGCUGCAUUGGGAAGUCUGUGAUUGGACAGACAGUUUGUUUGGGGUUAGAAGGGGAGGGCUUGCAAAGGCAACAGACAAGAGAAUUGCAUGUUUUGCAAUGCAAUUAAAUGCAUGCAAGUUUUCAUUUGGGAGUAUAAAUACUAAACAAUUUAAAAAAUGUGUUUUGUAUUUGGGCAGUUGAGUGUCCCUUUAAAACUGGAAAGGUCUUAUUGACUUGGAUUUUCUUUGCGGCUGUUAGAGGUAACCCAUUGAUGUGCAAACUUAAAGGCACAAUGUAACAACUUAAUCUAACUGAAGUUGUUCUAGUGUGUGCAGUAGUACUCCCUUAAUAUACCCCCACAAUGUGAUAGAUAUGUGUACAUUAGUGUGUGUAUAUAUAUUAUCCUGCACUGUUAACAGGGUUAUUCACUAAAUUCUUAAUUGUAGUCAACUGAAAAAAACAUAUAAAAUACUCAAUGUGUUAUCAUACUUGAAUUGGAUAAUUUAUCUAAAUCCCAUGCUUGCGUAAACGUUGCCAUUCAGACUUCAAUGCUACAAUUCAAGCUUCAGUGAUCUUGUCAAACUUGUUGCCAAAACUUAUGUGGGGACUCCGUAAACCCUUGUUAAAAGUAGACCCAUUGGGUAUCUGACACGAGGAUCCAUAUUUCUGCCAAAUGUAUGACUUUUAACGAGUGAUUUGCUCUGUCCUGCUUCCAUAACAGGUCCCUUCUAACUCCUCAAAACUGCAAUUCUUCCUUUUGUGGUCUGUUAAAACUGUAUGCAUGCAAUUUUGGUUUAUGUGCAUUUCUAAGGAGCCUGUCUGCUUUCUCUUCUUCCAUAGACCACAAAGGAAAACUGAAGCCUAUUGUGGGUGAUCCCUCCUGUGGAAUCUGGGUGACUCCGGGUUCAGAUGGCUUCCUGUUUAUUGAUGUGGACUAUGAUGGCUGUUUCAUAAAAAAAAUGGUAACCUCUCCAAUAGGUGUUGUGACAACGGAGUAUGAUUUGAUGUGACUGUUAUCCAGAUAUCUAAAAAUAUAUAUUCCCUAAGCCUCUGAAGACUAAAGGGACACCAAAACAACUUUAGCUCAAUGAAGCAGUGUUUUGCAUAGCCUAUGCCCCUGCAGUCUCACUGCUGAAAUCUCUGCCAUUUAGGAGUUAAAUAAUUGUUUAUACAGCCCUAGCCAUACCUGCACACCUCCUGGAAAAAUUAAACAUUUUAAACCUUUUAUUUCUCUGUGUUGGAAUAUAUUCUUUCCUGCUCUGUUAAACUCCUAAACAGUAGCGAAUUGAAUAGUGAGACUGCAGGGCCAUGAUCUAUACACCAACGGCAAUUAAUUACAUUAAAAUUGACUUUGUGCUUAAUGUCCUUUAAGUAAUAAGAGGGAAGGAAUAAUGUUAUCAGAGCUAAACUAAAAGCAUUAAUGCCCUGUAUUGAUCUAAACCUAUUCUGUCCAUAUGCCCAGCUCCCUGCCUCCAUUGCCAAAUGUCCAUAAUCUAUACAAAUGUGUAGCCUUUCUAUAAUGCUUUUAUUUUCUGCUGAAAUUUUGGUAUUGGUGGCCGAAAUGAUGUGCAUUGAUAGCUUUAAUCUUUAUUGCAGGAUAAUUACUAUACAAUGACUAUCUUGAUGCAACAUAAUAUAACUGGAAAAUGGGAAGUUUAUCAGAAGGAAGACUUGAGGUGCCCUGUAUUUCAAGGUAUAUAUGCUCCUUAAUAGGAGGAUCAUCAAUUGUUUUUGAUUUAAACAUGUGUUCAAGAAACUGAGUUCCUAGUCAGAAGUCCUUUGUUUUCAGUUUGAAGAAAAAAUUAGGAUAUAACUCCAAUGUGGUAUCAUGAGACCCAUGGAGCCCAAAAACAUGGCCACAUUGGAUGCCUAUCAAGUGGUCGUGGGGCUUGAGGGCUCUUGGAUUUAGGGGCCACACAGUGGUUUAGUAGCAUACAGGACCCUGUAACGGAGUUGGUUUUUCCCCUGCAGCCUGUUGAGAGGAAGUAAAUUUGGGUCACUUUCUCCCAGCACAUGUACACCCUUACAUUCCCUAGUUAAAACUACACACCACUGGAUUUAAAUGGUUAUCACUAUACACCACUGCAUCUGUAUUCAAACACUACAUCUUUUGGGGUUUGUUCUUUUUGGGGGAGGGAGUGUUAGUUUUUGAUUUUUGUAAGAAAGUUAAUCAAUUACAUUUUGAUACUUUCUCUUCCUAUACUCCUUAUCCCCAGCAAUGGACGCCCCUGCUCUUAAUAAGUGCUCAGGGGUUCUAAGAGGAAACAGAAUAGCUUGUGCUGGCCCACUCACUUCCCAGGAUGUCUGUCUUCAGAAUGGCUGCUGUUAUGACCAAAGUGAUUCAAUAAAUCCAUGUUACUAUGGUGAUGAAGGCAAGUCUUUUCCUUGUGAAAUAUGACCUAUUGAGCUUAUCAGAAUUAUUUAACCAGUUGGAUUGUGAAAUGUCUUCCAGUUACUGCUCAGUGCAGCAUAGAUGGUCAGAUGUCCAUUGCAAUUUCCAAAGAUGUCACCUUGCCACCGCUACGUCUAGAUUCCGUCCACUUACUUAGUGGAGGUGGUGAUGGCUGCAGCCCAGUGACUCAAAAUGAAGCCUUUAUCGUAUUCAAGUUCCCUCUGUCAGCCUGUGGUACCAUACGUAAAGUAAGUUUAUAAGCCAUGGAUCUCAGGGCCAGUUACGUAGUAUGAUGGAUGCACAUUAAAGAGGAACUGUCACGUCUCUGGAAUCUUACAAAAUGCUGAAAAUCGCUUGUAAUGUGGUGUGUUUUCUCUUUAUGAAGUGUUUUGCUUAUUUUCUUUUAAAGAUUGCGUUAUUUACAAAUUGAAGGCCAGAGUAGCCAAACUGAAAGCAUAGCUGACUGAGAAUUUUAGUAAAUAACCCUGUUGGCACAUUAUCAGGCCUCCCAAAUCUCCUUUUGGCAGGAGAGUCCAGAUUCCUGCAAUUGCAAACUAAUUCCCUGGGGGCACAAAGUAAAUGGCCUCACACAGUGUGAGUGCAUCACUAGACAUGCUCACAUUGUCCUACCGGCACGAGGAACAUGAGGGUUUCAGCAAUGCGUUUAGUGGGUGAGCCUACCCAAUUUCCAGAUGUGCAAACCCAUUAUGCGUGUUACCAGUGGGGCAAGUUCUCAUUGGCACUGCCCUCUGAAGGACCACCUACCAUGAUUUCAUGUGAGGUAUGAAUCUCAAACUAGUACAGACCAAUAGGCAUAAAGUGGAGUGGCACACACUAAAAUAUUCAUCAAGUGUGCCUCCGGUCCAGGGUGGACUAUUUCAACGUAUCAAGCAUGAAGACAGAUGCACCAGGCACUUGCAGAUUUAUGGAUUUUCAAUAAAGUUUGCCUAAAAGAAAACACACUCUUGGCUCCCACAGGAGCCUUUAUCAAGCUAGCACACACAGAAUGAACUCCUUUAACCAAAUUUUGUAUUCACUUGAUAAAGCCUCUUGUAGGAGCUGAAACGUUGUAUGGCUUUUCUAUAAAAUCUGCCUUACCACCUAUAUGUGCCUGGUCCAAACUUUCACAUCUCACAAACUCCUGUCUGUUAAAUUUAGGGAUAAGUAAACGUGACAAAAAUCCUCGCAAGUGAAAGUUCACCCAUGUGGACUAUUAUAGUUUGUGCAAAUGACUCCAUAAGACAUAACUUAUAAACACAGAUGGAGGUGUGUGUGGGGAAAAUUUUUUUUUUUUUUUACUUUGUCUGCUUUUUAGAUUAACAAUGGAAUAGUGGUAUAUGAAAAUGACCUGAUUGCUGACCAGGAUGUCAGAACGUGGAGUGGAGCAUUAAUUACCAGGGACAGCACCUUUAGGUGAGCCAGUACUCCAUUGGAGUGGUAACAAAAUCUUGUAGGAAUAAAUGGAACUUUUAUAUUUGCAACACUUGGUUCUUUCCUAUAACUAUAAAAUAUUAUUUUGAAAACUGGUGGGGGUGUGUGCAGACCCCUCCUUUCACAAGUUAUUAUAUGGGACUAUUACAUUUCCAUCUUCAGUUGGAAUUAAAGGUACACUCCCACUUGGCUCUCUGACACCAUCUUACCUCCGUGGGUUGCAGUUUUUAUGCCUAAAAGGAAAUCUCUUAUCCCUGUAACUAAUGGAAAUUUUAGCUGUAUUUAAUAUAACUAUUUUUUAUUUAAGACUACGCAUCCGCUGCAGUUUCACUGCCAGUGCAUCAGAGCCUCUGUAUGUUGAAGUGUACACUCUUCCUCCGCCAUCUCCAGUAUCUAGUACUGGUCCUCUCACUCUGCAAAUGAGGAUUGCAAAAGGUAAAAGUACUUCACUAUAUAGAGAUCUUCCCUCUGUGUGCCAGAUGAUGUAGGUAUAGGGAUUGUUUGUUUGUGUGUAUUUAUUUAUUUUUUGGCCUGGUAAUUUUGACUCCAUUAAAGCAAAUUUUUAUUUUAAACAGUUUCUUCCUCUGCUUUGGACUAUCCUCCCAUUUUGAUACAAUUUUCAAUAGUUUUUAUACAAAUAAACAUGUUCCUUCUUAGUUGCACAAAUUCUUACAUCAAUAGCAACUUUAAAGGAACACUAUAGGGUCAGGAACACAAAGAUGUAUUCCUGACCUAUAGUUUUAAACCACCAUCUGGCCCCCUCUUGCCUCCCUAUAUAUAGUAAAAUCAUACUUUUAUUCAAGUCUGCAUCUCCUGGCUCUGCCGCUGUGAGCUGCCUAUCAACUGACUUCAUCAAAAAGUGGUGGUCUGAGCCAAUCACAAUGCUUCCACAUAGGAUUGGCUGAGGCUGUCAAGGAGGCAGAUCAGGGGCAGAGCCAGCACAACUCAAACACAGUCCUGGCCAAUCAGCAUCUCCUCAUACAAUAUAGAUUGAUUGAGUCAAUGCAUCUCUAAGGAAAGUUCAGUGUAUCUGCAGCACUGUCCAAGGAAGCUGCUUUAGCAGCCAUCUGAGUGGUGGCAGUGGAGGUAUCCCUAGGCUGUAAUGUAAACCCCACAUUUAAUCUGAAAAGACAGUGUUUACAGCUAAAAACCUGAAUAAGCUGUUCUGGGGGCUAUAGUGUCCCUUUAACAUGGAACCCACUAAAAGCAAACAUUCUGCAUAAAACUGGGUGCAUCAGUUUAUAUAUCCAGAUAUUAUUGGGAGCUGCCUGCCACAGUAGGAAUCUUGCCCCCUCCACAUUUAAAUUUAUAGGGUUUUUAACUUUCAGGAUCUUUUUAAUAGUCUGUGUAUCCCUAUAUUUAACAAAUCUGUACCUUGAGGUCUGACCACUAUCCCGGAGCUGGGUGUCUCCAUCUAGUCUUCCUGUCAGUUUGUUGUAAGCUCUGCACCUGGCAGUCAACAGAGAAAAAAAGUAACAGCUUGAAGAUUAUUAACCAUGGGAUAGGUCAAAUGAUACUCCACCAGCCAAAAUGCCAUAGGCUAGGGUAAACACCUAACCCUAUCCCACUAGCAACUACAAAUAAGAAAAUAAAGGAACAGUAUCCCACAACAUCCACUCCAACGGAGGGGGCGUAUGGGAAAUAAUACAACCUAAAACUGAUUAGUAGCAAAACAAAGAAUAAACCUUUUUUAUUAAAACUAAAAAUAGAUCUACUAUAUCUAACAGAGGGUCCUAAGUAGCGAAAACAUGUCUAUAUGCAGGGUAAGGGCAAGCCCUUUAGGACAGAUAAGGAGUGUUGGAUAUAGUAGCUCUAUUUCUGGUUUUAAUAAAGUUGUGGGUUUUCUUUUUGUUUAAUUUUGCUACUAAUCAGUUUUAUGUUGUACUAUUUCCCAUACGCCCCCUUCAUUGGAGUGGAUGUCAUGGGAUACUGUUCCUUUCUUUUCCUAACAGAGAACCAACAGUAAAGAAAAUUUUAAGCAAAAUUUAUAUCUUCCCGUCUAAAUUUGCAGUGCUUGUCCUGUCUUCCGUGUCUGAACUGCCAAAUAUAAAACUUCAAGGAAAUCCUAGCCUCUCAUAAAAUGGUGCCUUUUUGUUUUUCUUUACCAUUGUACUUGGUUAAUGGAAUAGAAUGUUGUUGGAUUAAUUGUUUUUGUCUUCUCUUGCACUGUAGAUCUUCAGUUUGGACAGUAUUAUGGAACUGGAGACUACCCUGUAGUAAAAUAUCUCCGAGAUCCGGUAUUUGUAGAAGUUCGCAUAUUAAACAGAAAUGACCCUUCGUUGGUUCUAAUAUUGGAGCAGUGUUGGGCAACUCCCUCUGAAAGCCCAUUGCAACAGCCACAGUGGCCAAUUCUUGUCACCCGGUGAGUAUUGAACCAUUUCAUUUUUUAAUAAUUUGAGACCUAAAACUGCAAAGCUGUUAUGUAGCUUUGUUUAAAAGCUACUGUCUAGCAAAAGCACUUUUCAGGACCAAUGUGCAUCACACCAGCAGGGUGCAAGUACCUCAAAGGACCACUCUAAAACUCUUGUCCACUUUGUAAGGCUGAUCUGUGAACCUGAUUUUUGAACUUUCCAAUAGGUGUCCAUUCGAUGGGGAUAACUAUAAAACCCAGCUGUUGUCUACUGAGAGAAAUUCUGCCGUGGACUUUCCUUACUAUUAUAAACGCUUUAUCCUAAGUACCUUCACAUUUGUAGGUGGUACCUCAAAUCAAGCAUUCGAUGGAUUGGUAAGAUAAUCUUGUGAGAUUGGGGAGGAGAGUCAUAUAACUGCUGCAUGGCCAAAUCUAACUGAUCACCUGAUUGUACUGUUUUUUUUGUGGUGGGGGGGGGGUUUAUAUUAAUAGACAUAGAUAGGCAUAGUUAACAUCUACUUAUUUAUUUAAAAAAGUUGUGUUGGUUCAUUUAGAAUGUAGAUUCCACGAGCAACCGUGAUCAUUAUUGUAGUCUUAUUGCAGUGAUUACUGCAGGAACUAUUACAGUGCUAAAGGCUCUAGGUAUAAAUGGGCUGUAUAGAUGAGGUCUCUGGGUGGACUUAAAGGAGCCCAAUAAUAAAUUGAAAAAUCGCUUGGUGCUAUGGCUUGAUAGACAAACCAUUUAAUAAGGAGACAGUCAGUCAUAGCAAGUUAAUAAGAACUGCUGUGGAGUACUUCUCUGGUGCCAACAUCCAAGAUGGCAGCUGUUUUGAAGGACCCCAGGGGGGUGCACAAAAUGUCUGUCUUCUAGAUACAAGGAUUCGCCCAUGUGGUAGGCCUGUAGGAACAGCUCUUACAAGGUUACUGCCCAACUUGCUUCAAAAGGAGUUUGGUGAUGUCAACAAUCCUGGCUCGAUGGUUACAAUAGAAACUAUAAAUAUAUUAUAGUCUGUAUCGUGGUACAAUAGCUUUAAAAACCAUUUUAUACAAGGCACCUUGCUUGGUUUUUCAUGUGUAGAUAAUCAUUUUAGCAAGUCUACUUUAUAUUUUAAUUACUUGCUUUGACACUUUGUAUUGUCCAUAAAGGCCUAUUCAGUUGCUGAAAUCUAAGUUUUGUGUUCUGUGUAUUAAUGUAUUUCAGUCUUUAAAUUACAAUUAACUGUUACGUGGUUUGGCUGCUAUCUAGGUAUACCUGCAUUGUAGUGCAUCUGCGUGUUUUCCUUCUUCGUCUGAUUCCUGUACAGCCACAUGCAACUCAAGAAGUAAGCACAUUCCUUCUGAAUCAUUGGGUGCAUUCUAUGUGUAGAAUCUUGAAAAAUUGUGAAAGUCUUAUACACAUAGACAUAAAUGGGUGCAACUGGACAGCUACAAGAGCGAGUAACAUCAAAGAUGACAAACCUCCUAUUGCCCUGCCUAGAACUUUAUUUUUGUGUUCCAGAACCAGAGGUAGUCUGUAAGCAGGUCUCUAAACUUGGUAUUCAGAGAUUUGCUUUGAACUGCCUGAUUUUGUUGGAUUACUCUGCUUGCUGUAUUGCACAGCCAUUAAGUUGGGUUGAGUUUUGGGGUUUUUGAUUAACUUGGCUAUCUGGUGUUGGGAUAAAACCGUCAUUAAUCAAUUCCUAUUUUGGCAGAGAGGGCAGUUGAUGACCUUGAUGAAUCUACACUGACCUUGGUAUCCUCAGAAGGUCCCAUUCUGCUUUCUGAAAUUAAUAAUGAGCUGCUGGUUAAAAAAGGUGAAUGCAUAUUUGAUAUCUACAUGACCAUGGCAUUCUCUUACCCAAGAAUUAACUUUGAACUUUUAUUUUAUCUUCUAUUCUAUAUAGAAAUCCCACACAGGACGUCAGGAUUGGAAUGGAGGCUAAUAGCUGCUAUGGUGUUUUUAUUUUCUGCAAUUCUGGUUGGAUUUCUGAUCGGGGUGAUGAGUUAUCAGUGUACACAAAACAGAUCAAAUAUUCAAAACUUGAAAGUCUAAUAAAAAAA